AUGGCGGAGCUGCUGGAACACCACGGUUGCUCUGAACUUGUGUCAUCCCGUGUCACCGCUUACUCAUGAACCUAAUGGCGCAGCUAUACUACAAGAAGGCUAGUAACUCCCCGUACCGCGACCGUAUCCCACUGCAAAUCGUGAGGGCGGAGGUUGAGCUGUCUGUUAAGGAGCGGGCCUAUCUGACAGCGGUAGAGAAGGGCGACUACGCUGGAGUGAAGCAGGCCCUUGAGGAGGCUGAGAUCUAUUAUAACAUUAAUGUAAACUGCCUGGACCCGUUGGGCCGCAGCGCACUCCUCAUCGCUAUAGAGAAUGAGAACCUGGAGGUGAUGGAGCUGCUGUUGAGUCGCGGUGUGCACAUGGGCGACGCGCUCCUCUACGCCAUUCGUAAGGAGGUGGUGGGAGCGGUGGAGCUACUGCUGUCCUACAGGAAGUCCACUGCCGAGAAACAGGUACCUUCUCUCAUGAUGGACACACAGUUUUCUGAAUUUACACCUGAUAUCACACCCAUAAUGUUGGCUGCCCACACUAACAACUAUGAGAUAAUAAAGCUCUUGGUUCAACGUAAAGUCACCAUCCCACGGCCGCACCAGAUCCGCUGUGAUUGCGUGGAAUGCGUAUCCAGCUCAGAGGUGGACAGCCUGCGUCACUCCCGUUCACGCCUGAACAUCUACAAAACCUUGGCCAGCCCUUCUCUUAUCGCCCUGUCCAGUGAAGAUCCCAUCCUUACAGCAUUUAGGCUGGGCUGGGAGCUGAAGGAGCUCAGUAAAGUGGAGAACGAGUUUCGGCAGGAGUACGAGGAGCUUUCACAGCAGUGCAAACUUUUUGCAAAAGACCUGCUUGAUCAGGCACGCAGUUCCCGUGAGUUGGAGACCAUCCUGAAUCAUCGAGAUUACCACAGCGAGGAACUGGACCCCCGUGAGGGCAGAGACCUGGCUAAACUCAAACUAGCAAUCAAGUAUCACCAGAAAGAGUUUGUGGCUCAACCUAACUGUCAGCAGCUGCUUGCAACACUGUGGUAUGAUGGUUUCCCGGGCUGGAGGCGACGUCACUGGGCAGUAAAGCUCCUAACUUGCUUCACCAUUGGCCUGCUCUUUCCUGUCUUCUCCCUCAUAUAUCUUCUGGCUCCAAAAAGCACCUUAGGCCUGUUCAUAAAGAAACCCUUUAUCAAGUUCAUCUGCCACACUGCUUCCUACCUGACCUUCCUCUUCCUCCUUCUACUCGCCUCACAGCAUAUUGUACAAACUGACCUGCAUGUACAGGGACCUCCACCCACCAUCGUAGAGUGGAUGAUCUUACCCUGGGUUCUAGGUUUCAUCUGGGCAGAGAUUAAAGAGAUGUGGGAUGGAGGUUUCACGGAGUACAUCCAUGACUGGUGGAACCUCAUGGAUUUUGCCAUGAACUCUCUCUACUUAGCCACCAUAUCUCUUAAAAUGGUGGCCUACUUUAAGUACAACAGCUGUCUUCCUCGGGUAGAGUGGGAGAUGUGGCACCCAACCCUCAUCGCUGAGGCUCUCUUUGCCAUCGCCAAUAUCUUCAGCUCACUGCGUCUCAUUUCGCUUUUCACGGCUAACUCUCACCUGGGCCCGCUGCAGAUCUCUCUGGGCCGAAUGCUGCUGGACAUCCUGAAGUUCCUUUUCAUAUACUGUCUGGUGCUGCUGGCCUUCGCCAAUGGCCUUAACCAGCUCUACUUCUACUAUGAGACGGAGGCAGCCGAUGAGCCCAACAACUGCAAAGGGAUCCGCUGUCAGAGGCAGAACAAUGCCUUCUCCACGCUAUUUGAAACUCUUCAGUCUCUCUUCUGGUCUGUGUUCGGGCUGCUGAAUCUGUAUGUUACUAAUGUGAAAGCCCGUCAUGAGUUCACAGAGUUUGUAGGGGCCACAAUGUUUGGCACUUAUAACGUCAUCUCUCUGGUGGUGCUGCUCAACAUGCUCAUCGCUAUGAUGAACAACUCCUACCAGCUCAUCGCUGAUCACGCAGACAUCGAAUGGAAGUUUGCUCGCACCAAGCUGUGGAUGAGCUACUUUGAGGAGGGUGGGACGUUACCACCACCCUUCAACAUCAUACCCAGUCCUAAAUCAGUGUGGUACCUGUGUGUGUGGCUGCACAAGCAUCUGUGUGGACUUGGAAUGUCCAGCCAUGAAAACGAGCGUAAACAUGAGAACUUCAAAGAGUUCACGGAAAGACAUGCAGAUCACCUCAUUCAGAACCAGCACUACCAGGAGGUGAUCAGAAACCUGGUAAAAAGAUAUGUGGCAGCAAUGAUCCGCAGCGCCAAAACAGAUGAAGGGUUGACGGAGGAGAACUUCAAGGAACUGAAGCAAGACAUCUCCAGCUUCCGCUAUGAGGUCCUUGAUCUGCUGGGCAACCGCAAACCGCCGCGCCGCACUUACUCUUCCAGCAGCGAAGCCACUCAGCAGGAUGAACCAGCUGAGCCAGAGGAAGAGGAGGAAGAGGGCACUAGGGGGGAUGGAAGAGUCUCGUCCAGAUCCAAAGCGUCUACCUCCUUUACCCAGUCUUACAGGAGAAGCCGGACCCAGUUCAGCGUAUCGGCCCUCUUCAAAUCCAUGUCUGCCACGGCAGGACCAGUCAGAGACAGAGCAGAAAGCAAUGGUUUUAGGAACAACAUAUCCCACCCUUCUUCCUUUGUGAGGGAAAGCAGCUGUCCACAACGGUUUUCACGCUCCAAGAAAAACUCUGUGCGAGGGUUGGGAUUGCUCAUGUCACGUAUGAACGGACACGUGCCGGAUCCACGGUCAGAGAAUCACGAACUUCAGCAGUCUGCAUACAGCAUCUCAGAUAUGGUACCGCAAACACCCUGGCAAGACCCCCAAGAGCGGUCAAAGGUAACACAGAGUGAGAUGCAUCUGCAGGUGCUUGGAUUAGGACCAUCUCAGUCUGAGCUGAACCCAAUGCAGUCCACAUCUCAGCGGGCAAAUGACAAGGACAACCUCCUCCUCAGGCCGCCCAGCCACUCGCUGCCACCGUUACACUGUGCUUUCAGUCUGACCACCUCUAGCUCGCAGCUCCUGGCCUCCAGCGAUGACCUGUGCCAGGGCUGGAUGGGGCCCUGUGACAAUUUAGGCUCCUCUAGCUGGGAACAAGAUGAGUCUGUUACGACACAGCUGUAGAGGUUAACAAUGGCUGCUUAAAGGAAAAGUUCUCCCAAAAAAGAAAAUUCUGUCUUUGUUUACUCUUCCCUCAAGUUGUUCCAGAUCUGUAUGACUCUCUUUCUCCUGUGUAACACAAAAGGAGAAAUAUUUAAGAAAGUACUGGCCAUUCAAGCUUGAAAAAGGACACGAAAG